ACGCAACUCACCGCGACACUUCCGGCGAGGAAACAUGGCGGCGGCCGUUCAGGACUCACGUGUGAGUGCGGGGAAAAAGCUGAAGAAUUCCCUGAAGAAGAAGAAGAGGAUGAAAAUGGUAGCCAAGGCUGUAGCCUCGGAGCUGGAAGAUGAGGACAAAGGUGCUGCCGACAGUGGAGGUUCUGUAGGAAGCUGUGGAUUGGAAAAGGAUCACUUUUCUUCUGAUGAUGAAGCAAUAGACGCUGACAAUGAAGAUGAAGUUGAACCCUGUGACAACGAAGAUGCUGCAGAAGCUAGUGCUGGGACUAAUGUGGGCUGGGCAGAUGCCAUGGCUAAAAUCCUUAACAAAAAAACUCCUAAAAGUAAACCCACCAUUCUGGUCAAAAACAAAGAGCUGGAAAAGGAAAAAGAAAAGUUAAAGCAAGAGAGACUAGAGAAAAGAAAACAGCUUGAUAAGAAGCGGGAAUGGGAAAUGAUGUGCAGAGUAAAGCCAGAUGUUGUCAAAGACAAAGAAACAGAGAGAAAUCUUCAGAGGAUUGCAACGAGGGGUGUGGUGCAAUUAUUUAAUGCUGUUCAGAAGCAUCAAAAGAACGUGGAUGAAAAGAUGAAAGAAGCUGGAGGCUCUAUUAGAAAGCGUGCUAAGUUGAUAUCAACUGUUUCCAAAAAAGAUUUCAUCAACGUUCUGAGAGGGAUGGAUGCAAAUACAAAUGAGAAAAGUUCAACUGGAAAGAGCUCAAAAGCCAAUCAGACUGAAAAAGCAGAAGAGGGCCCAGGAUGGACGAUCCUGCGUGAUGAUUUCAUGAUGGGAGCAUCCAUGAAAGACUGGGACAAAGAAGGUGAUGGACCAGAUGACAGCAGACCGGGAUCUGGAAGGGGCUCUGCCGUAUAAAGCUAUGGGAAGCACAAGUUACAAUCAUUUCAUUUUUCCUGGAAAAAUACAUCGUGCUCUGGAAGUUGGGGAAUUAUAAGGGUACCAUUUGUAAGAAAACCAAAAGACUUACUAUUACCAACUGUGGUGUUUCCCUUUUUCACAUAAACUUUGUUAAAAUUAUAUUUCAAACCUUGUAUAAUUUUAAGCAUUGUUCCUCAGAACAUUUGUGAAAAAGAAAUAUUUCGACUUGACCAUCAAUAUAUGCAUUUUGCCAGGUUCAUUAUAGGUUUACAUAUUGGUCAUGGAUAGUGGCAUUUUGUUUCAGUAUCACCAUUGUUUCUAGGAAUGCAAUUCCAAUUCAUAAUUAAAAUGAACUCCUUGAAGUUAAUAUUUUUCAGCCUUCCAACUUAUAGACCGAUGUAUGUAUAUUUUUGGGGGGCAGGGGUUGGUGUUUGUUUGGGUGAGCUACUGAGCAAACCUAUGUAGUAAAAUUUAAAAUUAUAGUAUUUCUGAUUUGGGGUGAUUUUAUUUUUAGACAUUCUGGCAAAUAUGAUUUAAGACACACACCAAAUCUUUACUUUUAUAUGCUAAGUAAUAUAAAUAAUGACUUAGAUUUAUUUUAAGUGUUAGGUUAUUUUUGUAAUAAGAGAUUUACUGAGGUGGAAAUUCUCAUGUUUAACUUAUGCAAUGAGGCAUAAUUUCUUAGGAAGCAUAUCUGAUGUUUUAAUCCCUCUUUUUUUCCCCCUGAAUAUUUGAGUUAGCUUAAAUUCUCUUUUGUGGACUGACUGACCAGUGAAAAAUGGUAGCAUUAGACAGCAGGGAGUCAGCAUCAGAAUACUGCAUCUGAUUUGAGAUUUGAUUUCUUCUUGUUGCCUUAAAGAUUAUUAAAUUGAGUGACUCCUAGUAACUAGCUGUUAAAUAAAGAGAAGAGAAAGUAAGACUGUUUAAUAUCAUUCCAAAAUUUCUGUGAAACUGGGCCUAAGAUCUAAAGUUUGUAGGGGAAAUAUUUAAUAAAUGUGAUCCAUUCCUUUUUUCAAAGGAUCCAUCCUUUUCUCCAUCUUUCCAUAAUAAAAACAGUUCCCUCCUACCA